UCUCUCUUUCUAAUUCUGCUUCUGAAUGAGCUCUUACUCUGGUAGAGCUAGGGUUUUUUCAGUCAGGAAAUUGAUUUCCAGAUCCGUGGAGGCUUCGGUGAUGACGAAGCCUUAUUAUAGUUUUCAGUAUCAGAAAGGCGCUUUUGCUGGUCUUUUAGUGCUGUUGCUUCCGAUUUUCUUUCCUCAUCUCUUUACUCCAUUGGGUCAUGCCUCUCCUUCUGUUUUCUCGGAAUGGAAUGCUCCUAAACCUAGGCACUUGCCACUUCUUAAGGGCGCUUUACAGCGACAAACUUCAAAUAUGCAGCAGUUCGAUAUCUGGUCUCCCUUGGCUGAUCAAGGAUGGAAACCUUGUGUUGAGUCCAUAAAACCCCCUUCUUUACCAAGAAAAUCUCAGGGAUAUAUCCAAGUAUUUCUGGACGGAGGGCUGAACCAGCAGAGAAUGGGGAUAUGUGAUGCAGUUGCUGUUGCCAAAAUUUUGAAUGCAACACUUGUGAUUCCACACCUUGAAGUAAAUCCUGUUUGGAAAGAUUCAAGUACAUUCACAGAAAUAUUUGAUGUGAAUCACUUUAUUGAAGUCCUGAAGGAUGAAAUUUCCAUAGUUGAGGAGCUACCUGAAGAUUAUUCAUGGAGCACGAGAGAGUAUUAUGCAACAGCCAUUCGAGCUACAAGAAUCAAAACAGCACCUGUUCGUGCUUCGGCUAAUUGGUAUCUGGAGAAUGUCUUGCCUGUAGUACAGAGCUAUGGAAUUGCUGCCAUCGCCCCAUUUUCACAUCGUUUGGCUUUUGACAACUUGCCCUUGGACAUUCAACGACUACGUUGUAAAGUCAAUUUUCAAGCAUUGGUUUUUGUUCCACACAUCAGAGCGUUGGGUGAUGCCCUCAUUAGUCGUCUUCAGGAUCCACCAACAAAGACUGUAAGGUUAGGCAGUGAAUACCUGCAGCAGACAACAGGUGACAAAGAUAAACAGGGAUCUGGGAAGUUUGUGGUGCUACAUCUUCGGUUUGACAAGGAUAUGGCUGCUCAUUCAGCCUGUGAUUUUGGCGGGGGCAAAGCAGAAAAACUUGCUCUGGCAAAGUACAGACAAGUGAUUUGGCAGGGAAGAGUCUUAAACUCUCAGUUUACUGAUGAAGAAUUGAGAAAUCAGGGCCGUUGCCCAAUGACCCCAGAAGAGAUUGGAUUGCUGCUAGCAGGUUUGGGCUUUGACAACAGUACUCGCCUCUAUCUUGCCUCCCACAAGGUCUAUGGUGGGGAAGCUAGGAUCGCAACUUUGCGAAUGUUGUUUCCUUUGAUGGAAGAUAAGAAGAGUCUUGCUUCUGCAGAGGAGCGUGCCAAGAUUGCAGGGAAAGCUUCUUUAUUAGCUGCGUUGGAUUACUAUGUGAGCAUGCACAGUGAUAUUUUUAUCUCUGCAUCUCCUGGGAACAUGCACAAUGCCUUGGUUGGCCACCGGACAUAUGAGAAUUUGAAGACAAUAAGGCCAAAUAUGGCUUUGUUGGGUCAGCUGUUCCUGAAUAAGAGUAUGGGAUGGACCGAGUUUCAAGGAGCAGUUCUGGAAGGGCACAACAAUAGACAAGGGCAGAUUAGAUUGAAGAAAGAGAAACAAUCCAUAUAUACAUAUCCUGCUCCUGAUUGCAUGUGUCUGGCUCAGCACAAAUAAAUUACAAAGGAUGCAUUGAACAGCCACUUCUAUGUGCAAUAUUUGCAGCCCAGUGUUUGUGGCCUUAAGGUUGCUAAUAAGUAGGAAUCCAGUUCUCCCAUUUGUAUAAAGUAUUCACUUUAUGUACACUCUCACACACACAC